AUGGCGCCCUCGACGUGCCGCAGGGUGGCCGCGGUCUCCUGCUUGGUGCUCUGCGUCUCGCUGCUCCUGCCGCGGACCUUCUUGUCUCGGGGAGGCGGCGGCAGGCAGGAGCCCGGGGCCGCGCCGCUCGCAGCGCCCGCUCCUCCAGAGGGGAAACUCGGUCGCUUUCCACCAAGGAUGCAUUACCAGGCAGCUCCCGACAGCCGCGCUGCCCCUCCUUUCCCAAGGUCUCACCUUGCUGAAGCAGUCGCCAAGGCCAAGGGUGGAGGAGGUGGUGGAAGUGCUGGUGGAGCUGGGAGAGGUCUUGUGGGGCAAAUCAUCCCUAUAUAUGGAUUUGGCAUCUUCUUGUACAUCUUGUAUAUCUUAUUUAAGCUGGCUUCCAAGGGAAAAACUACCCCUGGAGAACGGAAAUGCCUUCCUGCUGCACCUGGAAACAUGAAGAGGAAAAUCAACAUCAUGUGGUUAGCUGAUGUGCAUCCUGGGGAGCCUGAUGGAUGGAUAGCUUCCCUGCCUGCCUUCCCACACCCGUGCAGGGUCACGUGCCACCAAUCCCAUGCUGACUAUGAGCUCACCCAACUUCAGGAAAAGCUGAGAGAGACUGAAGAAGCUAUGGAAAAGUUAAUCAACAGAGUAGGCCCUAACUGUGACAGAGCUCAAAAUGUUACAACAGACCAGGAAAAAAGGUUACUUCAGCAACUCCGAGAAAUUACUAGAGUUAUGAAGGAAGGCAAGUUCAUAGAUGGCAUCUCUCCUGAGAAAGAAGCUGAAGAAGCUCCUUACAUGGAGGACUGGGAAGGUUACCCAGAAGAGACGUAUCCCAUCUAUGAUAACUCAGAUUGCUUUAAGCGCAAACAAGACACAAUCCUCGUAGAUUAUCCCGAUCUGAGCCAGCCCUCUGCAGAAGAACUAGCAGAAAGAAUGGAGGGCAUGGAGGAUGAGGAGUACCUGUGCAAUGAAGCUCUGCUAUCUGAUCUCACCAUGGGAAGGGACAGUUAUGAUUCAAGGCAGAAAAAAGAUGAGGUAGCUGGCAUCAGUGAAGGGGAGAAGGACCUUCAACGCAGCCAAAACACUGAGGAGUGCUGUUACUGUUACGAGGAGGAGGAUGAUCCUGCUAUAAUAGCAGAAUAUGCUGUGUUUCAUUCUGGGAGCAGCAGCGAAGCGGAAGAGGCAACCCCAGAGGACCUGUUCAUGGAGUUUGAAAAUGAAAACGCAGCAGUGAAAAAGCAAAAAGCCAGUGAUUCAGAUGAAACAGGCACGCUGAGAAAGCGCUACACAAAAGGACUUGAGUAAUAGUGACAAUAUGUGGAUGCCAUCUAAGUGGUGACAGUAAAGGUCAGAAACGUCAAUCUGUGUGGUUUUUGUCCCUAAAGAACAGUGCUUUAUUCUCCUUGUACUAACUUCAUUCCCACAGUAACAGUCACCUGGUCUACCUGUACUGGAAGCCAAUGCCUUCUUUCAUGCAGUUCUUCUCAGCUCAUUGCUGCUUUGCACUUUGUCAUUGCUUUUAGGGACUGAUACAUUGAAGCAGGUCAUUCCAUUCAUGUAUUUGUGUUUUUAUUUCUUUCCAAUUUCUGAACAAGCAGUUCUUUGUUUACUCUUGAACAAGAAAAAAAAAUCUUUUCUCAAACAAAAAAAAAAGAAAAAGAUCAGUGUGUUUUCAGUUAUGAAAAUUAAUCAAACUGAGAUACAUUGAAGAGAUUCUUAGGAAGCAGGAGGAGAACCCAGCUCACCAGGACAUAUCUUGAGUUUGGGGAAAGAAUAGCAACAACAAAAAAGGCAUCUUUCACUACACGCUCGUGUCUGGUUUGUUGUGCAGUGGAUAUCUGCCAUUGAGGCAUCUCUUUUGCUUUUGUUUUCGUUGAUUGGUUUUCCAGGUUACAGCUGCAGUCUGAUGUUUACAGUGCGUAUGUUAUCCAUAAAGAAUCCCUACUGUAGGAAUUAAAGAAUAAAUAACAGGAAUAAGUUAAUGAUGGUGGAAGAGAGAAAAGGAUAGCGAAAACAUAUUUGAUACUCUUUGUUACUGGAAGUGUUUAUCUUUUAAAAUAAUUUUGUAGACUUGAUUGUAUUUAUUUAUUUAUUUAUUUAUUUAUUUAUUUAUUUAUUUCUCUGGACCUUCAACACUCAUUCUGUCUUCACCAUGGCAGUAGUUUGACCUCUGUCUCUGAGCAGGACUUGUGUUCUCUUUGCUGGGAAUCCUGGCUGCACAACUACAGCAUGCAGGACCUGACACGCAGUGUUUCUGUGAGAAUACCAGAUCAGAUUUGUCCUGCUUUAGUCACUGUCCUUGAGCUGGAGCACAUCAGCUGGUAUCAGUCACUCACAGGGAAGGCCAUUUUCACUGUGGGCAUUUCUGGUUCUUCUCUAGACAUAGUCAAGCUAGACUGAUACAGCUGGAUAACUUGCUAAUCACAGCCUUUAUUUGUUGACUUUCCAGUGUUAAGAGACAGAUGAAGGCUGCGAAGGAUGUAGCAAUAACCCAACCUGCUGCCAUGAGAAAUAAGAAUGCUUAGGUUUGCUGCACCUUUUAGAGAUAGAUUUUACCUGUCUGUAUAAAUAAUGUGCUUAUGUUGUACUUGAGAUUCCAGCUGCUUAUAAUGGUAUGUGAAAUUUUAGAAGUUUGGUUUCAUUUAAAUUCAUGCAAAUCUGUGUGUUUAAUUGUGUGCAGUGUAUGGAAAAGUGGCACUAUGCAUGAAGUACAAGGUAGAGUUUUUAGCUAUGUACACUGAGAAGCUAAAAUGUAGCAAGUUGUUAUGCAUAAGGAACUCCAGGCUCCAGAGUGUGUUAGUUGUAAAUAUACUGCAGACUGCAGUGAAACACUCUUGCUGCUGCCAGCUCUACUCAUUACAAUCUUCAGAAGUCA